AAAGAAGCCAGCUCUAAUAUCAGUCUCCGUGCGCCUCGAAUCUUUUGGAGUGAGCUAUGCGUUAAAUAUAUAAUAGUCUUUCCUUGUUUUUGUAUUACCACACUGUUUUAAGUACCUUUUUCUCCGUCAACCGCAUCGAUGGUUGAUCUUCGCACCUUCAAUCUCUCGGGCACGCUCUCGGCGCUGAGCCUCCUCUUCCGCCCAUCACAAUGCAUCCCUCAAGCGGUUGUCCGGAACUUCAAUGAUCUGCCCCUUCCCUUAUCUCGUGCUUUCGACAACGAUAAGCGCUUUGGGAAGGUGAAUAUCCGGGCCGUGGUUCUGGACAAAGAUGAUUGCUUCGCCAGGCCUGGCGAGAACGAGAUUGCGCCUGAGUUCAAGGCACAAUUCACUCGCCUUCGCGCAGCCUACCCGCACCCAUCUAUGUUAAUCGUUUCCAACACAGCCGGCACCCCCUCCAUGGACCCGGAUCUCACCUCCUCCGCCCUCCUCGCCGCCGCGACGUCCGUCCCAGUCCUCGCACACCGCACCAAGAAGCCCGGCUGCAGCGCGGAGAUAAUGGCUUAUUUCCACUCCCACGCUGAGUUACGCGACCUGAAGCCUGAAGAGGUGGCCAUAGUUGGGGACCGCCUCGCGACCGAUGUCGUGCUUGCAAAUCGUAUGGGGGCCUAUGCGGUAUGGGUUCGGGAAGGUGUGGUGGCAAAGGAGGAGAAGAGCCUUUUUGCAAGGUGGGAGUACGGCAUUCAUGACUGGUUAAAGAAAAGAGGGGUUCAGAGCCCCGUGCCUGGGAGCCCUUUUGAGUGAACGGUUAAUACAAAUCAUUAAACUUCAAGGCUGCCACGGAUGAUUAUAUACUCUCGGUCUGAGCCAGCGCUGAUGUACUUCGUCAUCAGUCUAUGGCUAAGGUGUACUUUUACGCCGCAUUCAAUAACUGACUAUCAUUGGCGCCAAUCCGCGCCAGCUUUCUUGCUAUGGUGCGUAAUUAUCACUGUUAGGUCGCUUUAUAAACGACUAUAAUCAACACCAUGGUUCACAUAUUAACUAUAUGUUCUUUAAG